AUGCUCUCGCGUCAUGUUGCCAGUUCCAGCUGCAUUCCACCACCUGGCGUGAAUAAAAAAUACACCCAUCUCAAGGACGCCUCUUCGGCAGCCCCCUGUUCCCAGCUCAGUCUAGUCCUUCCUUGUCGAUCCUCUACCGACACUAGCUUAGCGACAAAUCUUGGAAGUGAAGACGCCUUUGAUCAUAUUCACCCCGCUAUGAGCGAUCAAAGGAAUUCAGGGGAGACGACGAACGGAGGAGCUGUGAGCUGGCCCAGCUUCGGCGGAGCUCCUCCUAGAAAUUUGUUUGACGAAGAGGUUAAGCAAUCUUCACCGUCCAUGUCAAAAACAAGCCAAGGAGAACGAUUCACGAAUACGUCGAGGGAUAAGGUUGGUCUUCCGCCAAGCUCCGAAAAUUCACCAAAGCGGAGACUAAUUCUGGUCCCCGAUGGGCGCCCACUAUGUUUUUGGUCUGGCAUAAUGUGUGUUGCCUGUUUGUACAAUAUGUGGACCAUUCCUUAUCGAUCUGCGUUUGAUGAAGUGAAACGUUCGACUGCGUUGAUUUGGUUUACCAUGGAUUAUUUCGCCGAUGCACUAUACUUGGCGGACCUCCUAUUUGGCUUUCGAGUUGCUUACCUUGAAAGUGGAAUCCUACAAACACAUCCGCGUAAAAUACGUCAGCACUAUAUAAACUCGGCUCGAUUUUACCUAGACUGCCUUUGCAUUCUUCCUCUAGACCUUCUCUACAUCUCAGUAGGUGUUCGGUCCAUACUGCGCUUACUCCGGUUUGUCAAAGUUUACAAACUCAUAGAAUACAUGAAAAUGUUUCAGAGACGGACGGUGCAUCCGAACACUUUUCGGACGAUGGGCUGGUGCAUUUGUGUGUUAACAGGGAUUCAUUGGAAUGCCUGUUUCUAUCAAUGUGCUAUGGAAUUCCUGAGUCCCCCAAUAAAUUCGACGGUGGAACCGCUUGAAAGGUAUCUUCAGUCAACAUACACCAGUCUUCUAUGUCUUGCUCUACGAAAGCCAACUGCGGAGGUGGAAGCGUACAGGAACAGAUUUUUGUACGCACUGCUAAUAUUCGAAGGAUUAGUUGGCGUGACUAUGUUGACAAUGCUGAUUGCUAAUGCGAAUAUGAUUAUUGCAAAUGGCCACAAGACGGAAAACGAAUUUCAAAGACAGCUUGGGGAGGUUAAAGCUUAUCUAGUGCGACGGAAGGCUCCGGAAACUUUGAGACGACGCAUCAUCUGUUGGUUUGAUUAUCUCAAGCGUCAAAGUCAAAUUCCUGACGAACAAAGGGUUUUCAAGUAUCUGCCAGAUCGUCUGAAGGCCGAAGUGGCAAUCCACGUCCACCUUGAUAUGCUCAAGCGCGUUGACCUCUUUCAAGACACUGAAGAGGGAUUUCUCGUCGACCUUGUCCUUCGUCUUCGACCUGCACUUUUUUGCCCCGGAGACUUUAUUUGCAGGAAAGGUGAAGUUGGUCGGGAAAUGUUUCUUGUCAGCCAAGGAAAACUUAAUGUUCUCGCUGAAAAUGAAAACACAGUGCUGGCGACGCUUGGUCCAGGUAGCUACUUCGGUGAAAUUUCCAUUCUCAAUAUGGGGAGUGUAGGCAAUCGGCGAACUGCUUCUGUACGCUCCCUCGGCUAUUCAGACCUCUUUUGUCUGUCGAAGGAGGACCUCUGGGAGGUCUUGAACGAAUAUCCCUCGGCAAGAGAGAAGUUGGAAAAGGUGGCAUUGAAACGACUCAGUUCUUGCCGAAAUCAAACGCAGUCCGCCGAAAGUAGCGCAGACAACAUGAACUCUAUGGAAAUACGAAUCCAUCCUCAGCGAAGUUUUUCUACGGUAUCCUCUGUUUCUCGAAGAUUCCCCCUUCCAUCUCAACCACCACCACCACCACUUCCACCUGUAGCAAGAAUUGGACUUAAACGUCGGCGAUCCGCUUUAUCUGCGGCGUCGUCUUAUCUUUUGUGUCAAUGUCCUUGUGCCCGUGAUCGUCACACUUCGCUUGUACGGAGUUUCUCAACCAUUACGUCCCCUCUUUUGCAUCGACAAUUUUCUCUUCAAUACAACUACGGGGAUACAUUCGAUUCUGCUCCCCAGUCACAUCGUCGGACUACAACGUUGUCAGCGAAUCGGCUUCCAAACACAUUCGAAGAAUUUUGUCCAUCACAAUUUAUUACCACAUCGUCGGAGAAUACGAAUAAUUCUAUUCCACAAAUCCGAUUUGAGAGGGCGGCUACUCCUGUUGCGAGACAGGAACCAGUGGAGGACCUAAAACCACCACCGGUACAAUUCGGCAUUCCAGAGGACAUACAGGGAGAAGAGCAAAAUCAAACCUAUCUACAACUUCCUGAAAGCAGCGACCACUUAUACACCAAUUCAGGUCCUUCUUCACUUCCUUUUUCUAAUAGUGCUGUGCAGUCGGCUCAGUUAGCCAUGUUUAUGGAAUUGCAACAGCGCGUAGCAACCCUUGAGGCCGAAAACCGUAUCCUCUCGAUGUGCCUUCUGCAGUCGACGAAAGCGCCUGGCAGUAAUCAGGAUGCGGGUGAAAAGUUAUGA